GCCACUGAGACGCCGGUCCUCCAGUUAACUGAAAGCGGCCGAUUUAGUUGCUCCGAUCAGCGCCUCGCAGGCGAAAAAUGGUGUUCGAGGCGACGGAUGAAGUCCUACAAGUGUUGAAUUCUUCUCUUUCUCACUUAAAAUGGCGCCUUAAAUCUCCAGCCAAGCGCCGCCUCGAGAUAGAUGUUCUUGCAUUACUGACAGGAAUGAGACCAGUGAUAAUGGUCGAUUAUGGCGGGAAGAUGCCCGAAUUGCAGCAACACCUUUGUUCACUCGUCAAACAAUGCCACCAGGAGUCUGCGGUUUUCGAAUGCCUAAGAGUGAUGGUUGUGGAUGAUAUGAUCUAUCUGAUACACACUAAAGGACUUGCAGAGUAUGUCAGUACAAGCUUGAACUCAGAAGCGGAAUUGAUUUUUGUCAACCUGGAGCAGGAUCCACUGGAGAUGGUUUCGCAAAAGCACGAAUGCCCCUUGGGAGCUGAAUUCCUGAAGCUGCAGAGAAUGUUCUCCCUAUUCUUUCCCAUUGAUGAAGCGAAAGAUGUUGCCUUGUUGCCCGAUGUGAGAGAUACUGUGGUCAAUACCGAACCUAGCACUUCUUUAUCUGAUGGACACAUUGAUCUCAGCAGUUGCAUGAAAGAUACUCAGAUCACAGUGCCGACUCUAAAUGGAUGGCUUCUUGGCUACCCUGUAGUGUAUUUGUUCGGCAAGGAGUUCAUAUCAGAAGCAAUAUGUAAUCUGUCAACGAAGAAUCUGCAUCUCUUCAGAAUAUUAGUCCGCAGAGGCAAUGCUGCAUCCAGUAAGGGAUCCCAGCCUGAAGAACUAAUGAGUUUCUCAGUGCCGUACGAGCUGAGUAUGCGGGGAAGGAAGGAGCCAUGGGCCGAGGCAUUUCUGGAGCGGCUGCAGUGCAAGUGGCAGAACUGCAAGCAGACUUGGGUGUCUUUGGAAAUGGAGGUCGAUGAGUGCUACCCUCAAGCAAUAGUGCUGUAAAACUCCUCGAAUUCGGAACACGAUCUGAUCUCACCUUGUCGUCGGCUAUAGCACAACGAAGUCUCGAGGCAAUGCUCAAAACUUUCAUCAAUCAAACUCAACGGAUAAUUUAGCAGUUGUGUAAUUCCUUUCCUCCUUGAUUAAGCGAUUGGUGUUGUAUGCUCAUUGUAUCAACUAUUGUCUACUGGGAUAUAAAUUCUCGUAUUAACAUCAAGAAUGGGCUCGGUGCCAGAAGCCCAAAAUGUAGAAAUGGUUUGAUAGGUCCCGUUGGAUAAAUGGGCUUCGUGCAGGAGGCCCAAAAUGAGUUUCUCCCCCGGGGCCCGUUUUGAUCUUCUUCUUACGUUUGCCUAUUUAUGUAGUACUCGACGAAAGCUUUGGAGCGUGAGCUUGAUCACAAUUCACAGACCACGAUCGAAGAGAGGAAGAAGAAGAAGCAGGAAGAAACACAGGAGGAAAGCAGGACAAAAUGUCAGGAGGAAUCUCGCAGGACUGGGAACCCAUCGUCAUCCGCAAGAAGGCUCCGACCUCCGCUGCCAAGAAGGAUGAGAAGGUCGUGAACGCUGCUCGCCGCGCCGGAGUUGAGAUUGAGACCAUCAAGAAAUGUUAGUUCUCACUUCUCCCUUCGUCUUCGUUUAUUUUCGUUUGCUUUUUGUGGCUCUCUACUAGUCUCCGUUUCAUCUUUCGUUCUUCCCUUCACUUACAAAGAUCGCUGGAAUCGUUUGUUGUUAUUUUGGAUUUCUGGAGAAACAGUAGAAUUUUGGUGAGGUAAUCGGUGAACAGAGUUAGGUUUCUCGCUGAUUGAUGGUUUGCUAUCGAUGGAGAGUUAGGGUGUUGUUUGCUGUAUUUUAUGUUCUGUUUUAUCUCUCUUUUCCUGCGAUUGUUGAUGGAGAUUAAAGACGUGGUGAAUGAACUCCAUGCUAGUAAAUCUCUUUCACUCUUUGUAGGAACUUGCAUGAAAGCUUAGGAUAGGUAGUUUAUUUGUUGAUCAAUGUGUUGGAAGUUCUGAGGUGUUUUCCCGGCCACAUUCUGGGAAGAAGUGAUCUAAUGUUUGUGUUUGUGUGAUUUAUGUAGCAAAUGCUGGCUCGAACAAGGCGGCCUCUAGCAGUACUACCUUGAACACCAGGAAGCUUGAUGAAGAGACUGAGAUUGUUGCUCGUGAGUAUUCUCCUCUUCAUGUUCAUUUUGUUUCCAUAUUAUGUAUUGUUUUGCCCUCGAUUUCUCAGUUAGUUUGUAGAUAUUGCAACAUGGUACUCGUAACGCGCUUUCUGUUUGACGUCGAGAAUCAUCCAAUCAUAAGCUAGAGUAUAGUGGUUGAAUUUCUUAUGUAUUGCAAUCCUUGAAUAAUUACAGAUGGUUGAACACAACAGUUUAGGCAACUUCUCCAAUAUGAAGUCUUGUUUGAGCUAUAUGGUUUUUGGGAUAUUUGGGGUUGCAACCGAACCUGCAGAAGGUUGUAGGUCCUUCUUGGUUAGAAAUCACUGAAAAUGUUAUAGUUGUUUUCUUCUGUGUUGGAUCGAGGGUGACUUGAUAAUCCUGGCAAAUGAAAAUAGUUCAAUCUG